UCCUACUUUCGCUUUGGUGCCGAGCAAGGCCUGGCCUGGGGGAGGCGGGUGACCCCCAGGCCCCCCGGGUGGCACAGGUACAAAAGGAGAAGCAGGCAGGCGCAGUGUGGGCAAGGGGACACACCAGCAUCACCCUGGCACCCAGCGAUCACCUUGGGGCACCCCACAGCUCCCCGUCACAGACCCCCAGGUACAGCCAUGGCAGGGGACGGGGAGCUCAACCGCAUCAUCAAGGACCUGCAGAAGACCGUAGGCGAGCUGAACCACAGCUACCGGGAGCAGAACUUGCCGGUGACGGACGGGAGCCGGGAGCUGCACAGCCUCUGUGCCCAGCUGGAGUUCCUCCUCCAGUUCGACCUCAAGGAGAGGAGGAGCUUCUUCGGGCAGCGCAAGGACUAUUGGGACUUCUUGUGCCAAGGCCUGGCACAGCGUCGGCAAGAGCACGAGGGCAUUCGCUUUGUCACCUCCCUGGACAAGCUGAAGACCCCCGUGGGCAGGGGCCGAGCCUUCCUGCGGUACUGCCUCGUGCACCGGCAGCUGGCAGAGUCCCUGCAGCUCUGCUUCCUCGACCCCGAGACCCUCUGCGAGUGGUACUACGCUCGCAGCCCCUUCCUGAGCCCCCGGCGCCGGGCAGAGAUCCUGGGCAUCCUCUACGAGCUGGACGGCGUCACCUUCCACCUGGCCCUGCACAGAGCUGACCUGGACACCGCCUGGCCCAUGUUCUCCGAGACACUGGUACGGCCCAGCCCAAUGGCCAGGAGCAGCCCGGCAAAGACGGCCCCACAGAGAGACGAUACUGGCACCGGGGUGCAUGGAUGGCCCGAUGGCAUCGCCCAUCCCAUCGUGGCACCCCAUGGGGUGCCAACCCACCCGUGCCCACCCACCUUGGCUGCCCUGCGUGAGAGGGGUGUAAAGGUGGAGGAUGUGGAGGGGGAUGUGGAGGACGUGGAGGUGAAGAAGAAUGUGGAAGAAGAGGAUGAAGAGGAGGUAGAGAAGGAGGAGGAGGAGGAGGAGGAGGAGGAGGUGGAGAACGUGGAGGUGGACGUGGAGGACGUGGAGGUGGAGGAGGACGUGGAAGAGGAGGAUGAAGAGGAGCUGGAGGAUGAGAAGGAGACGGAGGACGUGGACGUAGAGGAGCUGGAGGACGCACAUGGCGCUGGCAAAGCACCCCAGCCUGAUGGUGACGGGGAGCCUGGCACAUUCCCACUGCCUGGCACGGGGUUUCUGCCGGGCUCCCCACCACCGGUGCCCGGGGAGCCGGGCGGGACGCAGGCGUCCCUGCAGGCGCUGGUGUCCCAGCUGCAGACUGAGCUGGGGCAGCGGGAGGCGGCACUGCGGGCGCUGGCGGCCCGGCUGGCACGGGAGGAGCGGCGGCACCAGCGGCGGGAGGAGGGCAGCGCCCGGUGGGCCCAGCUGCGGGCACGCGAGGCCGAGGCGCUGCGGGAAACCAACGCCUUCCUGGGGCAGGCGCUGGCGGCGGCGGUGGCAGCGGGGGGUCCGGGGGCACUGGCGCGGGCACAGGAGGAGGCGCGGGUCUGGCGGGAGGCGGCGGAGGAGCGGGGUGCCCGGCUGGCCGGGGCGCUGGCGGAGGCGGCGGCAUUGGCCUCGCGCCUGCGGGACUGCCAGGCGGCGCUGGUGGCGGCGGGACGGACGGACGCGCUGGAGGAUGCCGGUGCCCUAGACAAGGUGGCCACCGUGGAGGAGGUGCUGCGGCGGGCGCUGGAGCUCGCCCACGGCCCCCAGGAGCCCCCGCUGGACCCCCAGGCGGAGGGGGAGCCCGGCACGGCCACCAGCAUGGCCAUGCGCUUGGCCACCCUGGCUGCUGCGGCACGGGAAGACGCCUGGCAGGGCCGGCAGCAGCUCCAGGCCCAGCGGCAGGAGGUGGCACGGCUGCAGGAGCAGCUCGGCAGGGCCCGGCAGGAUGGCGAGCGCUGGGCAUCGGCGCUGCAGCGGGCGCAGCGGGAGGCCCUGGAGCGGGAGGCCAUGCGUGGCGCCGAACAGGCACGGCAGCAGGAGCUCAUCCGUGACAUGAAGGGGCGGCUGCUGGAGCUGCUGCGGGAGAAGGAUGCCCUGUGGCAGAAGACGGAGGGCAUCGACACCCCGAUGCCCAGCCCGGCGCCCCGCGAUGCAGGGCUGUGCGCCCGCUGCCACAAGGAUUUCCGCCUCCUCUCCCGGCGGUACAACUGCAGGCUGUGCCAGGGCAAGGUGUGCCACACGUGCUCCGUGGACGUGGGCAAGCAGGGGCGCUGCUGCCUGCUUUGCUACCAGCAAAGGCACCCGCAGGCUACGUGAGCUGGGACUGCAGCCCUCGCACGGUGUCUGGGACAACCCCUGCCUUGGCUGCCUCCUUUCGGACUUACCGGGGACCCAGGCAUCCGCGGCCUGCAGGCAGGUCCUGCUGCCUGACAUUUCAGAUUUGAGUUGUG